GGCUCUCACAUUGUUGGAGUGGUUAGCUUUCUUUAUAUCUUUUUCUUCCUUCGCAAGCGUACUCUUUCUUUCUCUCUCUCUGGUCGUCUAUCCAGUGAUCUCUGUCUCUCCUUCUCCAUCUUCAUCUAAUCUCUGUGAGUGCGAGUCAGGGUAGUUCAGUAGCAGAUCCUAGCACGUCACGUAACAAACCCUAAAAUUUCUUUCUUUCUCUACAUCUAUCAGUUGAACAUUAAGGUCGAGAAAGUUGGAAAUACUUGCACUUUCCAUCACUGCUACCAGUAAGGGAGGCCAUGUGAGCUGCUUGAUCGGAGUCGUGAUAAUAAAUUCUUCAUUUUCAAUUGUCUUGAUUGUCCUCUCUCAGUUCCAAGAUGGGUAAAUGCAAAGGCUGUGGGAAAUUGGGGAGAAUGGUACCAUGGGACAUGUCUGUGAAUGCUUACCGUUUCACUCUUCUUCUGUCUCCUGUAGUUUCUGUCUGGGAGUGCAUCGUUCGUAAGAUGAGAUAUUCAUUUAGACCUGAGUGGGUGUAGGUGUGGGCUUGUUGAUCUUACAUGGUAUUCUCCUUACCUUGAUACUUGCAUAUAAGUAGUUUUUUGUCUGUGAAAAAUUGUUACAAGGAAAUGUACACUUCUAGCUGAGUUCUUUAGAAGAGAAGUAGAGGAGACAGGAUUAAUUGGUUAGAGAGAUUUGUAGUGUUCAUGGGGGAUAUGGCAUUUGCCAAAGCUCCACCUACUGUUAGGAAGGAAAAAAAGAAGCAGGGAAAAGAUGAACUGGAUCGUCAAAAGCAAGCUGAGAAGAAAAGGAGGCGCUUAGAGAAAGCGCUGGCUACUUCUGCUGCCAUCCGGUCGGAGCUAGAGAAGAAAAAACAGAAAAAGAUAGAAGAACAGCAGCGCCUUGAUGAAGAGGGAGCUGCAAUAGCUGAGGCAGUUGCCCUGCAUGUCCUUGGAGGCGAAGACUCGGAAGAUUCAUGUAAAAUCAGGCUGAAAAAGGAGGAACGGUUCAAUCGUUGGGAUCGUGCAUCCAAUAUUGGGCUCUUCAUGGGAGGACGGAAGACAUGCCUUCCUCAUCAGGGCAUUUCAAAGCAUUGUCUUGGAGGAUUAGGGUGGGUGCCUGAUGCAUAUGGGCCUGGGUGCAGGUGGAGUGAGUGGGGGAUUGGGGGUUGGUCAUUGUCACCCAGAGUUUUCAGUAGAGAUCUUCAUGCACCAUAUUUUGGUGAGAUUUGGGAAGGAACAACUGAAGUGUCAGCUGGGGUUAUCGCAGCACAAGCAGUUUCAUCGCUUCAAAUUGCUGAAGAUGCAUGCUCAGAUGCAAUUGUCAUAAAUGGAAUGCUAGAAAGUAAGUUUAAGGAGUAUCAGUAAUUAGGUCCUAUCUCUGGAAAGAGGUUUGAUCUUGGUUUUCAAUAAUGAAUUGUAUAUAAUAUGGGGAAUAAAUUCUUGUUUGUCAGGCGUCCUCAGUAUUGAACAUCAUUGUAGUGUUUGAUUUUUGAGUCAUCUCAAAUUGUUGCUUCAAACACUUCCAUCUUGUGUUUUUGUAGAAUGAGUCCGAGAACUUUGUGUAUUGCCAUAUAUUUUAGUUUUUCAGUGCUGUAAUGGAUGAUAAGUAGCACUUUUCCAUGUGUCAA